AUGUCUUCGAAGUGUGAAGAUGGCAUCUAUACCCCGCUACCACCCAAACUGCCACCGAAAGGAAAACAGCGUGAGGACGAUCCAUCCGACCACAUCAACGGAAAAAAGUCUCCUCGACUGCGUAGAGUGAAAGUCAUUCACAGGGAUCCUGACGACGAAGAUGCCUAUCCUCAGGUCGAAAGUCCACCGCCCAGACCCAAGCGGGAUAGUGGCAAAUACUAUGUCGUCGAACCGGCAGGAUCCAGUGGCGUUCGACGCGAAUACGAACGUCGUCGGCCAGAUCCUGAGGUUCAGAGACUGGUUGAUGACCUCGAGAGGGAGAGACGAGAGCGGCGCGAGGCAGAAAGGGCCGCCGUUGCAGCCCAAGAGGCAGCCGAGAGACUGAGGGCUGACCUGGCCCGUGAAAAGCAUCAGAGGACACUCGACCGGCGUGAAUGCGCGCUGAGGGACUCUCAGAAACGACUCGGCCAAGAGCAACCUCGACUUGUUGAGGUACGACGCCCUCACGACCGGCAUGAGGUCGUCGUCGUUCACAAUCCUCCGCCGACCUUGCCUAUUGUCGAGGCUAGUUCAGCAUUGAAUCGAGCCCAGGCCGAUUAUCGACGCUCGCAUCCCGAGCAUGACCUGGUCCGUGGUGAUCAACGCCCAGGAACGGCCGAGAGGCGUCCCCGCCGGCAAAGUGUAAUCAUCGUCGAGCGCGACAGAUCUCGUGACCGCGACCGAGGUUGGAGACGCCGAUAG